UCCGAUCUGACGUUUUUCCCCAAAAGAGAGGGGGUGUAGUAGCAUACCCCUCUGUAUUCCAGAAUAGGAGGGAAGGGACUCAGAGAAUGCCCAUACUCUGAACACCGUGGGCAUGCUACGCUACGUGUGCAGCAAGCUGUUUGGGCAGUGAGUUGUCGAUGUUUGGAUAACUUCGAGGGGUUAUGGGAGAGCUGAUUACAAAAUGCAUGCCAUGUCAGUCUCCCUCGUAAUCCAAGGGUGGUGGGUUGCUGCGCGUGACCGGAAUGACCUAUACGCGGCAGUCCAGCAGCACGGACGGAGAGGAAACAAGACAGUAAGGAGGGUGAAACAACCGAGGGGGAGCAGUCGAAUGGGGAGCCAGAGGGAGGUAGCCAUCGGUACCCGCUGUGCUGCUACCGGUAGUCAUGGAAUUGCCAUGAGCUGAAGGUAUGUUUCUGUGAGGGAAGAGCGAAGCGCAUUGAACCUGUGAGACCUGUCAGACCUGUCAGACCUGCAGGCGUUUCAGGGAGUCGGGACGAUUGUGAGCGUAUGAUGACUGGUUGAGGGAUUCUGGUGUCCCGUGCAGACUUCUGCAUGCCAAUCUGAGUAUUCUGCAAAAUUUGCAGCAGCUCACUCGGCUGGUCCCUUGGGGCUGCCUUUUGACGCACACUCGGACUGUGCAUGAAGCACGAUGCAUCACAUCGGCACAUCGGUUUCCAGCAUGGCACGCAAUGGCGUAGUCAUGGCGUGUCGUCCCGGUACCGGCAGUGGUACGAUGAUGGCAUCACUCAGGCAAGUCGUCUUACGAAGGCUUCCGAGAGUGCGCGGAAACCUUUGUUGCCCAGAGACGACGCGUGCGGCGGAGCCACAUGUGGCAUUUCCCUGCGCUCAAUCGCGCAUCAGUCUGCGCACCCGCACGGCGAACACCUGCAUGCACGACUUGUCUUUGGGCAGGCGCGCAAGGUCCCGACUGUUGUACACCGCAAACAAAGCCAUAGCAGACACCAUAGCCGACCGCACUGCGACCGGGGUUGAUGAUGGUGUAUCGACACCGGAAGAAGGAACUCGGGAAGCCAAGGAUGUGGUCCAAACAACGGUCCCGACAUUCCAGCAGGCAAUUCAGCGGCUCCAGGACUACUGGGCCUCAGUCGGGUGUGCAGUGGUACAGCCGUACAAUACGGAAGUUGGGGCUGGGACCAUGAAUCCGUCAACAUUUCUUCGGGUGCUAGGUCCAGAGCCUUGGAACAUUGCCUAUGUGGAACCUAGUGUGAGACCGGACGACAGUAGGUAUGGCGAGAAUCCUAACCGCGUGCAGCAACACACCCAGUUUCAGGUCAUUCUCAAGCCGGAGCCUGGAAACCCUCAAGAGCUCUACCUAGAUAGUCUUGCUGCUCUAGGGAUAGACUCAAAGGAGCACGACAUUCGGUUUGUCGAAGAUAAUUGGGAAAGUCCAGUGCUUGGAGCAUGGGGCCUUGGCUGGGAGGUCUGGAUGGAUGGUAUGGAGAUCACUCAGUUCACCUACUUCCAGCAGGCAGGUAGCAUGCCUGUGAAGCCUGUUGCUGUCGAAAUUACGUAUGGAUUGGAGCGAAUCUUGAUGGCGCUCCAGGGCGUUGAUCACUUCAAAAAGAUUCAGUAUGCAACUGGGAUCACAUAUGGGGAAAUCUUUCUAAACAAUGAGAAAGAGAUGAGUACAUACAACCUUGAUGUCGCUAGUGUGGAAAGAGUUCAGAAGCUCUUCGAUAUUUAUGAUGAAGAGGCCAAGGCAAUGCUCCAAGCUAAGUUGCCGAUCCCGGCCUACAAUUACCUCUUAAAAACUUCUCAUGUGUUCAACAUUCUGGAUGCUCGAGGUGCGAUCGGGGUCACGGAGAGGGCGCGGUACUUUGGUAGGAUGAGGAAGCUCGCUCGCCAAUGCGCAGGGCUUUGGCUAGAGACACGUCAGGAGAGUUCUUUUCCUCUAGGAAUUGCAGACGAACCAGCUCCUUCUGACCUAUCGAAGGGUGUGGUAGAUUCGACCGAAGAGGCGACACAGACGCAGAAGCGGAUGUUCGUCUUAGAGAUCGGCUCAGAGGAACUGCCUCCUCAAGAUGUUACAAGUGCUGUUGAACAACUUGGGGCCUCUGUUCCAGAGCUCUUAAGCAAACUCCGACUGGAACAUGACCAUAUUGUUGUGGAGGGCACACCGAGGCGACUGGUAGUCUUGGUCGACAACGUUGCAACGAAGCAAUCCGAUAGACUGGAGGAAGUCAGGGGUCCACCUCUGGAGAAGGCCCUUGGUUCCGACGGGAAGCCCACGAAGGCAGCAGAGGGGUUCUGCAAGAAAAAUGGGGUAGAAUGGAAAGACGUGACUGUCAAGGCAGAUGCCAGGGGAGUAGAGUAUGUGCAUGCUGUAAGGAAAGAAUCCGGAAGGCCUUCGAUUGAGGUGUUGGCGCAAGAGCUUCCGCGGUUAAUAUCUCAGAUAUCUUUCCCCAAGACAAUGAGAUGGAGCACGGAUGUCAGUUAUAGUCGCCCAUUGAGAUGGAUAGUGGCCCUUCACGGGGACAAGCUGAUCCCUUUUACUUAUGCCGGAGCAGUGAGUGGACGGAUUUCUCGAGUUCUACGUAAUUCCUCCAGCCCUACAAUUCAGGUGGAAAAGGCUGAGGAUUACAGAGCAUGUAUCGAAGAAGCAGGCAUCACGCUCGGAAUGAAGGAGCGUCGUGAGCACAUUUGGAGGGAAGCCAACACACUUGUGGCAUUGAUAGGCGGGCGCAUUCCAGAAAAGGCGAAGGCAGAUCUUUUGGAAGAGGUCAAAAACUUGGUCGAAUCUCCAUCGCCAAUACUGGGCAAGUUUGACGAAACGUUCUUAGAGCUCCCUCGUGAAGUUCUUGUGAUGGUCAUGCGAAAGCAUCAAAGAUAUUUCCCUGUCGAGGAUUCAAAGACGGGGCAACUGCUGCCUGCUUUUGUCACAGUGGCUAAUGGGCAACUGAACGAAUCGCUUGUCCGGAAGGGAAAUGAGGCUGUGUUGAGAGCGCGGUAUCAGGAUGCGCGGUUCUUUUACGAGGCUGAUCGAUUACGCCCACUGGCAUCAUAUAGGGAUUCGCUGAGUGGGAUCACAUUCCAGGAGAAAUUAGGAACGAUGAAGGACAAAAUGCAAAGAGUAGAAGAGAUUGUUGCAAACGUGGGCGAUGAUGUCGGGAUCCCGCCGGCCACCAUGGAAACUGCGAAGCAUGCAAUGCAGAUGGCGAUGGCAGACCUUGCGACCUCAAUGGUCGUUGAAUUCACAGCUCUGGCAGGGAUCAUGGGACGUCACUAUGCGUCGAAGGAAGGGCAACCCCCUGAGGUGGCUGAGGCCCUCUUUGAGAUAAGGUUGCCAAGAUUUGCUGGAGAUACUUUGCCCAAGUCACCUGUUGGGAUUCUGCUUGCCGUCGCAGACAGGUUGGAUAGCGUCGUCGGCUUGUACGCCGUGGGCUGCGGAGCGUCGGCAACAGCUGACCCAUUCAGUCUAAGGCGCAGCACGUACGGGCUGGUGCAGACUCUUGUGGAGAACAACUUGGACUGGAGCUUGAGGAAGUUGUUGAGGACUGCCGCAAAGGCACAGCCAGUUCACGUCAGUGAUGAGACGGCUGACGAGGUUUGGACGUUCAUUGUCAGACGAUUGGAGCAGUUGUUGGUCGACAGAGCGUUCGAUGUGGAGAUCGUAAGGGCCAUCCUGAGCGAGCAAGGAGACACACCAGCUCUUGCUGCUCAAUCAGUUCAGCAGGUGGAGGAGAGUGCAAGGAACGGAGAGCUUGAGAAGGUGAUUGCCGCAUACGCGAGGCCGACAAGGAUUGUUCGAGGAAAACAAAUUGAUGUCGAGUGGAAGGUUAAUGAUCAGCUUCUUGUUGAAGAUGAAGAAAAACAGUUAUGGACUGCCUACCAGCAAGUUUCAGCAAAUCUUCAUCCAGGCGUCAGUGCUGGCAAGUUCUUGAAAGAAUCAUUGGCAUUGAUUGAUCCCGUCGACGCUUUCUUCGAGAAUGUGUUUGUGAUGGCGGAGGAUGAAGCACUGCAACGAAAUCGACUCGCACUACUUCAAGGCAUAGCAUCUCUUCCCCGAGGAGUCGUCAAUUUCACCUUGCUUCCUGGGUUUUAAGCUCUCCUCCUGUAUAUAUUUCCAAAGCCCGUUUCUGUUCAGAAGUCUAGGGGUGUUAAGGAUUUUGGAAGGUUGUGGGAAGUCUGGAGGUCGUGAGGGCUCCAAGUCCAGGGAUAGUUAUGACGCCAUGAGACGAUUCGCUGAACAAAGAUGGGCCAGCAGUCCUGUGAAGACUGUCAGAUUCAUGAACAAAGGUCCCUUGCACAUCAUCAUUUGUAAAUCUCUGAUCACGAGUGAUCGUUCCGUAUAUUUUUCCCAUUGGUCUUUCAUUUUCUGUCCUAUCGGUUCUCUCUUCAUGAUUUCCUUAUUGAAAAAAAGUAGGAGAGCUCCCUAAUUGGAUGGAUGCGAGGGUGCUGGGAAUGCAGUCUAAAGGGGGAUGGUCUGGCAUGUACGGGCAGUGGAGAAGUGGGACGGGGCCAAUUUCAGCUUGUUGACUUGUGCGAAUGUUUACUAUGGUUGGAACAGGCUGCCACAUGGGUGCUGGUAGCCUGAGCUGUGUUCUCAGGAAAUC